AUGCUAAAACAUCAGUCUCACCAUUUUGCCACGUAUGGAGAAAUGACAACCAUACAUGUUGGGUCUAAACUCUGGGUACUGCUCAACAGUAACCGAGUAGCUGAAGAGAUCUAUAAUAAGAGGGGCAAAAUAACCAACGGGCGUCCAAGUUAUCCUAUACUGGGCGACUUGAUAUCACAAAAUAGGCGAUCAAUACUUCUCCCCCAAGAAAAAUGGUCGCAGCAACGCCGUCUUAUGCAUCAACUCCUGGGUGGCACAGCACUUGUGACCUACCAGGAAUAUCAGAAUGAAGAGAGCCUUCGGCUACUAGCCAGCUACAGCAAGGACCCAGCUGGAUGGUACCGCCAUCAUCUCCACUACAGCAGCGCUGUCAUCCAUCGGAUCGCGUUUGGCGAGAGGCCGAGAGAAUUCGAUGAAAAUCUUCAGGGGGUUGCGAAAGCACAAGAAAUAUUCCUGUUAAAUGCUCCUCCAUACAACCUUCUGGACUCUUUCCCAGAACUUGCGAAACUACCAAAGUGGCUUCAGUUUUGGAGGAAGCGGUAUCAAGCCCUGGGCAAGAAGACAGAUGAUUGGUACGGUAGAUACUGGGAUCCCAUUCAUCACGCCAUCAAGUCUGAAACGGCCCCAGAUUCAUUCGCCCAGAGGUUGAUAUCCGACAAAACCGCGUUAGAGAAUAAGAACAUUGACCCAAAGUGGCUAUCAAUGGUUCUCGUGGAAGCUGGGAGCGACACGACACGCUUGACGUUAAACAUUUUUGCCUUAGCGGCUUCUCUUCAUCGAGACAAGUACCUCGAAGCCCGUGCUGAGAUAGAUGCCGUUUGUGGAAACAACGCGGAACGAUUGUCCACCUUCGCCGACGAGGUAAAAAUGCCUUAUACACUCGCAUUCAUCAAGGAGCUCCUCCGAUGGAGGCCGAUAUUCACAUGGACCCCGGAACAUACACUUACAGAGGAUCUCAAAUUUGAGGGUUAUUCAUUUCCAAAAGGGACCCACUUCGUGCUGAACCAUGCGGCCCUAUGCAAAGAUAUUUCUGCCUUUGAUGAUGCGAAUGCAUUCAAACCGGAGCGGUGGCUCGACGGCCACCAGUCAGAUCUCACCCAUGGACUUUGGCAACUUGGUGGUGGGCGGCGCGUCUGUGUCGGAUAUCGAGUUGCACAGAAGUCUUUAUUCAUCAACAUGUCCCGGUUGAUCUAUUGUUUUGACUACGAAGCGAGAGAAGCAUUUGAUAGCAGCGAUAUCAAGCAUUUUGAGCUUGACGAGCCAUUUCCAAUCACCCCGAAGAUUCGAAGUCUAGCGCAUGCUAAGCUACUGGAAAGAGUUUUCGAAAACCUGUCCGAUCUCAAUUAA